AUGGCCACUUCGUCGGCUGCUGCUGCCACUGGUAGCUCUUCCAUGAUGAUGGCUUCCUCAAUGGCUGGCUCCGCCACCAGCGCUGCGGUUUCUGCUACCACCUCUAUGGCUGUCUACACUGGCGCUGCCGCGAAUGUUGGUGCCGGCCUUGGUUUCCUUGCUAUGUUGGUGUUGCUGCUGCCAUCUGAACGAGUCAGCAUCAUCAGUCAUUAA